AUGGAAUCAAACAAUACUCCUAACAGUCAGUCUCAACCCUACUUUAGCCUUCUUAACUUCCCAUAUGACAGCUUUGCUCCCAAUGUAAACAUUGGUUCUUCUCAAAUCCCUGCUUUUAGUUCACAAACUGGUUCACAGCCGAGUCAACCUCCUAGUCAAUCAGAAGAGACAGCAGAACAGCGUAGGGAGAGAAGGAUAUGGUCCACACAAGAUGACUUAGUCCUAAUAAGCGGCUGGUUAAACACAUCGAAGGAUGCAAUAGUUGGGAAUGGGCAAAAGGCAGGGUCCUUUUGGAUCCGUAUAGGAGACUAUUAUGAAACAAGUAGUCAUGUCUGUGGUGGUGCUGAGCCUAGGCGCCCUCACCAUUGUAGACAAAGAUGGCAAAAAAUUAGUAAGGAAGUGAGCAGGUUCUGUGGAGCUUUUGCAGAGACAGACGGUGAGAAAGCUAGUGGCAUGAACGAUUUAGAUAUUUUGCAAAAUGCUCACCAAAUCUACAUUAAGCUGUACAAGAAGAAGUUUGGUUCUGUCAUUGGUGAGCAUGAGAGCAGGCCUCCGGGCAUAAAGGCAACGAAAAAAGUAAGGAACAAAGGUAAAGAGAAGGUUGCGCCAUCUGCAGAGUUUAGUCAUAUGUGGGAGAUAAAAAAGAAGGAUUUGGAGGGCAUGAAAGAACUACAAAAGAUGUCCAUUCUUGACACUCUCAUUGCCAAGAAAGAAACUAUAGACGAAGAUGAAAAAGUUCUAAAGAAGAAGCUAAUGGCUGAACUGUUUUAA